GGGAAGUUUGAUUGGUUGAAACACCGGAAGCCGGAACAAGCUCACGUGUUAUUUUCAUUUGACGUUUGUAAAUAGUGACUUUUUAACCUUUUGUUUCACUCACAAAGCGCGAAAUGGACUCCAAUCCCUGAGAUGAUGGAGACCGCAGCGUUAGUGGCGCCCGUCACUGCUCUGGAGUUCCUUCGGGAUUCACUUCUAUUGGCUGGUGAGGGUCCAGUGUUGACGGCAUACUGUCUUCAGCCUAAACCUAAAGCAUGUAUGUCAAGGACUGUUCUCCAACAUUACCGCAUCCACGGGAUAAGACCAAGAAUCUCAUCAACGCCACAAAGCUCUGAUACCGAAACCAAUGGUCUUAUCUCCACUGACCUCGCUGUGUUUGGUGGGAAAGCUGUCCGACUGCUGAGACUCUGUUCGGAUGUCUCUGCCAUGCAGCGUCCACACGUAGAUAUACUGGGCCCCCUCGUGGAGCUAAAAGACUGGGCCCUGGACGUCCGCUGGCUCUGUGAGAGCAAACAGCCUCUCCUGUGUGUGGCUGUAGCCCAUAACGCUGCUCUGCUCCUGGACAUGAACACAGGAAGUGCCUUGGCUCAGUGCUCCUGUCUGGAAAGCUGUCUGCUGUACUCCGCCCUGCUCGUAGUGCACACACGUUGGCGUGACACCGUCCUGGUUGGAGGGACUGUUUUCAACCAGCUGGUUCUCUGGAAGCCUGGCAGUCAAGAAAGUGAGCACAAAGGUCAAGUUGAAAGACGUCUGCUGGGACACAGCGGCGUGAUCUUCAGCAUCUCUUACCUGCAGGAGAAAGGAUGGCUGGCCUCAGCUUCUGAUGACCGCAGUGUGAGGGUGUGGGCUGUGGGUACUUUAGGGGGCGUAGGAGGGAGCUGUGGAGACCUGAACGCGACUUGUUUACGAGUCCUUUUUGGACACCAGGCAAGGGUAUUUUCUGUGCGUCUGUCCCCGAGGAGAGUGUGUAGCGCCGGAGAAGACGGAGCCUGCUUAGUGUGGGACUUGGCUGGAGGCGGGACAGUAGUUCGCACCUUGAAGGGACACAGAGCAGGCGGGAUUCGGGCGCUGGCCGUCGCGGAAAGAUGGGUGGCGACUGGGGGAGCGGAUGGCGGGGUUAGAUUGUGGAAUGUGGAGGAAACCGACGGCGGAGAAACGCCGCAAGCAGAGAAGACGACUGAUCUGGAAUUUUCCGGUCAAGGUUCACCUAAAGUUGUUUGUAUUCUCGAGGACGAGGAUGAUGACACAAAGUGGAGUAGGUGUAAGAUGGCGGUUUGUACUGACCAAGGAGUCGUUUACCAGUAUGGCGAUGGCGACUGGGAGUUACUAUGGCGAGGAACUCCUGAGUUUCAAUCCUACUGUGUGAUGGAGACAAUCUCUGUUGCGGUGAAAGACUCAAGAAGAAGAGUUAAUUUAUGUGCUGUCGGCAGUCUCAUUGGAGCUUUGGCGGUCUUUUUGAGCACUCAACCUCAGAAUUGCGUUCUCCUUCAAGCUGGUUCAGGCAAGAUCCACAGUCUCACCUGGCAAACCAGCGAUAACGACACAUGUUUGCUGGCGUCCGGUGCCGAGGGAUGCAUCUAUCGCUGGUGUGUUGAUGUCACAACGAGCAGAAAUGGAGACCAUGGUUCUUUGGCUCUUGGGGUGAAUCCUCUCCCUUCGUUUGUGUUACCGCCAUGUGCCAAACGAUGGCUGACUGCCGCAGUGCGACUCCACUACCAGGCACAGGGGGCGCUGUGGGUGUGCGGGGACAGAAGAGGGUCCCUGCUUUUGUUUCAGGACAGAAAAACCGACAUAAUAAGCGAAGGCUUGACGGCGUUAAGCUGCCUGUUUGGUGUCCACGGUAAACAGGGAGUGACGUCCGUGUGCGAGUAUGAUGGACUUCUGUACAGCACUGGGAGGGAUGGUUGUGUGCGCGUUUUUAGGGUGCAGCAAAUACCUCAAAAAACACAUGAAGGAAGUGGUCAAGUCGGCAUUCAGCUGCAGGUUCUGAGAGUCCAACGAGCCUGCAAAGGUAUGGAGUGGUUAGAGAAGGUCCUGAUUUUGAAACCGACAAACGCUGAGGAAGAUAAAUUCAUAGGUGAAAGUGAAAACCAAAAUAGGACACAAGAGUGUCUGGUAGAAAAGCCAGACGAUGGCAGAGAGUUGAAGAUGGAGGAUAUGGGAAGAGAAGCCCGCUUUGUCAUCUUCGGCUUCCACGCUUCCCAUUUUGUGGUUUGGGACCCGGUGAAACGAGAGAGGCUGCUGGCGGUGCCUUGCGGUGGCGGACAUCGAUCCUGGAGUGUCUGGCCGACCCGCAAAGGGGUCUGGCCCGGGUACGCUGCUCUGGUUUUCGUCAAGCAGGGCUCAGUCCUGGCUUCAGAGUCUCCAGGGGAGCCGCCGAGCUGGGUCACAGCCAAGACUGAAGGCUGGAGCCUGAGAGAGGGCAUCCAUGGGAGGGGGAUUGGUUGCGUUUGCAGGCUCGGGAGCGUAAAGGAGUGGGAGAUAAUCGUGACGGGCGGCGAGGACACCAGCGUGACCGUCCUGGCCGUGCACCCCGACUCCGGCAGCUUCAAAGUCCUCUCCGUCAUCACAGACCACAUUUCGAGCGUCCGCACCAUGGCGGCGCUCGCUCAUCAGUCGCAGUCCCUCACCGCCUUGCUGGUAUCAGCCAGCGGCCGAGCUCAAAUGCAGUGUUACCGGCUGUACUUCGUUUGGGACGAGCAGACUCUGUCGCCGUCCUGCCAGGUGGUGCAGGUGGCCCGUCACCGAUUGGACGAGCACUGGGAGAAGAGGCGGAACAGACACAAGAUGGUGAAAAUGGACCCAGAAACAAGAUACAUGUCGAUGUCGAUGGUGGAUCACAACCACGUCUGUGUUCUUGUGGUUCUUGCAUGCAGUGACGGUGCAGUCAGAUUGUUCUCUGUCAGUGAAGCCAAACACCAAAUAGAUUUGUUAUGGGAGACCUUUCACCACCAGCGAUGUGUGCUCAGUGUCGCCACCUGUAGCCUGGAGGAUGGAGAUGGGAACAGUUAUGUGCUCCUGUUCAGUGCAGCAACAGACGGACAAAUCGCCGUGUGGGACGUGACCCAAACAACCUCGUCUUCAUCCUGCGGCUCUUCAAGUGCUUCUCCGACUCCACCAACCCCCUGCCUCAUCAUCGCCGCCCACCAGAGCGGCGUCAACUCAUUGGCUGUCUGGGCGGACACACACCAAGGUGGCGGUUGCCUGGUAACUGUUUCCAGCGGAGGGGAUGACGGGCAGCUGACAGCUUCCACCAUCAAGGUCCAGUACCCACAAGAGGAUGACAGGACUGGGGGACGGACCCCUCUUUGUCUUCAUCUCAUCUCCAAGUGGAAUGUGCCUCUGGCCCACGCUGCACCUCUGACCACCCUGAAGUUCCUAAAACCUGACCUGAUAGUCACGGCCUCCUGCGAUCAGAGGAUUUGUAUGUGGAAGCUCUGCAGCACCGGCAUCAGCCACAGCGGGGCGCUGUUCUCCCACGUUGCUGAUGCUGCAGGGCUGGCGGUGUGGGAGAAGCAGGAAGAUGAUCAAAAAAGAAAGAUUGUCCUUAAUGGAAGGAUGGAGAGUCACCCAUGCCUGGAAGGGGCUGAGUUGGGGACGGCUGGUGGGCGGGGCUUGAAGAAGCAGGAAGUAAAUAAUGAAGCAACCGGGAAUGCAGAGGGACCAAUAAACACUGAAGUUGCCUCAUGUGAGGAAAAGAAAGCGAUGGGAGAAAGAACAGGAUGGGUGCUGGUCUGUGGUCAAGGCCUCCAGCUGCUCAAAGUUACAAAUGAACAUCACGGACACGAACAAAAUGAGGAAAAGCGUGAAGAAUGUAGCUUUACUUUAAGUCAGGGGUGUCCAAACUUUUUCCACUCAGGGCCAUUUUCAUAAUUUUUAUUUUAAAAACCAAUACAAUAUAUGUAUACAAAAUAUACAUUCAAGCCUCCGCUCAGUUAUGAUCCCGGGGACCACAAGGGUUUUGGUAAAAAAAAAUAUAAAAAAUGUGUCAUUAUUCAGUAUUAUAAUUUUUAUUAUUACGCAAGUUUUAAAUCUCUAGAUCAACAUUAGAAAAAAAAAGGAAAAAAAAACAAAAUAUGCAAUAUUUUCACCCAAUAACUUUUUUAGGUGGAUUAUUUGAGAUUAUAUAAUAAUUGGAGCCUUAAUUUUGGAUUUGGAUUCAUUAUUAUUUUUUGAGCAAUGACACUUCAAAACAAAUCACACUAAAAUAAUUGGAGAUCCAAAAGUGUCCUACUCAUGAAAGUGUUAAAAAAUAAAUUAUACAUUAGGGACGGCGUGGCGCAGUGGUAGAGUGGCCGUGCACAACCCGAGGGUUCCUGGUUCAAAUCCCACCUAGUACCAACCUCGUCACGUCCGUUGUGUCCUGAGCAAGACACUUCACCCUUGCUCCUGAUGGGUGCUGGUUGGCGCCUUGCAUGGCAGCUCCCUCCAAUGUGGAAGUAGUGUCAAAGCGCUUUGAGUACCUUGAAGGUAGAAAAGCGCUAUACAAGUACAACCCAUUUAUUAUUUAUCAUUGCUUUUACUGCUUACUUUUAGCACAAUAAUCUCCAGAUCAAAUUCAGAUAAAUCUGUCAAUUUUAAGUUUUAUUUUUGUUAAUGUUUUGUUUGUUUGUUUUAGGGCCUUCUUUAUAAAAAAAAAAAACAGCUCAGUUUUUUAUAUGGCAAAACACAAAAUAUGCAACAUUUUCCCCCAAAAAUAUCUCAAAGGGGAAUAUUUAAAGUGACGUAAUCGAAGCCUUGAAUAGGUCAAUAAUUCAAAAUGACAUUGAUUUUGAUUCAUUAUUAUUUUUCAAAGAUAGAAACAGCCUGCAAGGCAGCUUUGUGUUAUAAGAGUAAGCAAUGCAACAAUUUAUUGUUACAUUUCACCUGUUUGCUCUUUUAUACCACUUUUUAUGUCUUUGAUUUUUUUCAAUUGCAUUCUUAAAAUGUGCCGUGGGGCCGUUAAAAAAAAUGACCCGCCAGCCACACUUUGGACACCCCUGGUUGAAGUGAAUAGAAGUUAAGAUAAAGUUAAAUAUACCAAUGAUUGUCACAAACACACACAAGGUGUGGUGAAAUUUGUCCUCUACAUUUGGGAGGUGAGGGGAGCAGUGAGCAGCAGUGAGUGGAGCAAGAAGCGACACUGAGUCACUAUCAUGAUGCAAUUUUUUUUUCAAAUAAAGUUUUUUUAUUUUAUUUUAUUGCUUAAUUGUAAUCAGUGGGGGGGGGGGCAGCUGUAAAGUAUGUUUAAAUGCUUGAGUAGCUGCAGACUUAAUAAUAUAAUUAAUAAUAUCAAAGGAAGUUGACACCAGCACAUUCAAAAUAAGGUCUGUUUCUUUAAUGCAAUUUUUCUACUUUUUAAAAACGAUUUUGCAGAAAAUGUAAAGGUGACAGUGUAAUAUUUUAAUAUCUGGUGCACAUACUGUUUUGUUUUCACAGACUUCUUUCAGAAAAGACCAAUGCAUCGCUUAAACGUCACCGUGAAUGCUGUCAUAGCCAAACCGUUUACUUGCCUAAACCGCAAAUAACGAGCUAUUCAUCAGAAGCUGGCGAUAAUUGUAGAGAAAUGUCCUAUUUUUACAACUUCAUUUUGUUCAUGUCAGUGCUUUAGAGCAGUGGUCCCCAACCACCGGGCCGUGGUCCGAUUGGUACCGGGCCGCAGAAGAAAUUUUUAUUCAUUUUUAUUAAAAAAAAAAUAUAUAUAUAUAUAUAUAUAUAUAUAUGUAUUUUUUUGUUUUUGUUUUGUUAUUAAAUCAACAUAUAAAACACAAUAUACACUUACAAUUAGUGCACCAACCACAAAAACCUCCCUUUUUCAUGACCGGGCCGCGGGACAAACUGUUAAGCGUUGACCGAUCCGCGGAUUCAAAAAGGUUGGGGACCACUGCUUUAGCGUGCACGAGAAAGUAGACAGAAAAAUGUGUUUCUCUUUGACCGCGUUGAUAUUUAUCAAUUAUAUUGCAGAACCAAUGUUGGAACAGCUGUACGGAGAAAACUGCAUGAUUCAGUGUGAACGACUCUUGCCGUCGUCGCUCGGGUUCCACCGACCACCAAGGAAGGACAUUGCUUUGGCAGCCAUCGCCCAUCUGUUUCAUCACUCAGAGAAAGGAGGAAGGAGAGCGAGUCGGUCCCUUGAAAGACAGAGCGAGGCGAGGAAAGAGGUGACGAAAGACGAUGACAACUCCAUGGACUAAAUUGACAAGUUGCAUUGUGCAAAAGACGAGAUCUUCAGUCCAAAACUGAUUGGUUUUUCUCAACCAAACAGCAGAGGUACUUUUACACAUUGUUGUCUUUGUCCUGGCUGCACUUUUCCAAAAAUAAUGUCAUGUAGUUAAAUUCUUACCAGGCUACUUAGGGCUGCAGUGGCAUUUUUUAUCCAUCCAUCCAUUUCCUACCGCUUGUCCCUUUUGGGUUGGUGGGGGGGUGCUGGAGGCUAUCUCAUCUGCAUUCGAGCGGAUGACGCGGGCGGGAUUACAUUACAAUAGCACGUACAAAUGUGAAUAAAAACAAUCCUAUUGGGACGGUUUAGUAAGUAUGAAUAGUUUUAGUUAUAUUGUAAAACGUAUAAACGUUUCUAUGAGUGAUGAAUGAAGAAUCCUUUCAAGGAGAAAUGCUACGGACGAAUAUAAGAGAGGAAAGGUACAGGUUCUAGAGGCUUUGUUAGCAGAAUGACAAGAAUAUAAACAAAGACAUGCACCUGGAGAUAGGUUGAUUGGCAACACUAAAUAGUCCCUAGUAUGUGAAUGUGAAUAUUGUCUGUCUAUCUGUGGUGGCCCUGUGAUGAGGUGGCGACUUGUCCAGGGUGUACGCGGCCUUCCGCUCGAAUGCAGCUGGCAUUUUUUAAAAACUUUUAAAUAAAAUAAGACAUUAUUAUAAACAACGCAUUAUGUAGCAGAGCAAAGGAUUUGCUUUAUUUAUUUAUAAUACAUAAUAACAUACAAUAUCAAUCCAAUCCACUUUAUUUGUAUAGCACAUUUAAACAACAUAAAUGUUACCAAAGUGCUGCACAACAAUAUUCAAAACCAAUAUAAUAAUUAAAGCUGCAAGCAGCGUUGGUCGGGUCCGCCUUUGGCUGCUGCCGCCGCUACUCAAGCCCUGGUCUAAGGCAGACCUACAUAGAGGUUUUUGUUUCAUGUCUCUACGACAUUCCUAACAGAAGUUACAAGCAGUUUUGUCUGGGUUUUUUCCUAGGGGGCGCUAUAGCGCAAUUUUGAUUUUUAGGGUUUGGUUUUUUAUUAGAUGGCAAUUUUCGCCAGCCCUGAUGUGUGUUAAGGGGGUCAAAUAACAUUGUUAUUCUGAAGAUAACUGAGGAGGGGGCGUGGCCUGUGGGCCUGCAGCGAACUGGGGUGUGCCAGGACCGGCCUCGAAAUCAGCGACAGGUGUGUAAAUGGCCCACCUGGGCUUUGUUAUCUAAUCACCUGUCGCUCUGUUAUAAGCAGCAGCCAGGAGGAGAGACGGGGUUGAGGCUGGAGCCAGAGUGCGAGCGAGAACGAAAAAAGAAAAAAGAAAAUUUUUGUCAAACAACUGAUGGACUUAUUGAAAAAUAAAACAAUAUUGUAACCCUGAAA